AAAAAAAAAAAAAAAACAAAUCCAGACCGCAUGCUCCGCAAAAUGGGCCCCCAAAUGACCGAGGCAGCCCAAACCCGCCUAAAACGCGUCGGGGCAGCGCUGGGUAUCAAUUUCAAGUUUGGCGGGUCCAUGGGCAGCUCGCGGCUUGCGCAUGUACUCCUGCACACCACCGCGGCGGAAAAGGGGCUGGUGAUGCAGAGUAAAGUUUCGGAGAUGUUGUUUCAGUAUCAGUUUGAGAGGGAGGAGGAUGUUAGUUGUGUCGAUACGCUUGUGAGGGCUGCGGUGGAAGUAGGGUUAGGGGAGGGGGAGGUUAGGGAGUGGUUGGCGGGGGAGGGAGCGGGGAGGGGGGUGGUGGAGGUUAUUGAGGAGGAGGGGAGGAGGGUUAGGGAGGAAGGGGUGAAGGGGGUGCCGCAUUUUGUUAUUGGGGGGAGUUAUCAUGUUGAUGGAGCGGUAGAUGUUGGGGAAUUUUUCGAGAAGGUGGUGGAGGUUAGGGAGGGGAGAGGAUGAGAGGGUGGUGGAUCGGGGACAGCGGGUGGUACUUGUAGCUCGUCGAGGGAGGGAGGGGGGAUGGAUACAUGUUGAAGAAUAUCUAUCUCUGUGUGUUUUGAAGGGUUGUGUAACACCAUGCAAGAGCGGAACUUUCUACGAAGAAUCAUGAUAGAUGAACAGAACACUGUCUCUUACAUGCAGAAGCAAACUUCCUCUGCUAUUUCGAAAAUGCAUCAAAUACCGUCUUCAGAACAGGAUAUAUAUAAACUAAACCCUCCUCACUUCUCACCUCCGUCCAGACGUACCGCAUUCAGUCAUUCGACACAUCCGUAAUCCCCAACUCAGCAUACGCCUCCCCUCUUCCAACCCUCUCCACCAACGCCUUGAACGCAUUCCCAGCCCACCUAAAGUCCUCCAGAUCCAGAUAAGUCUGCGCACUCAGUCGUGUCCACAACCAGCCACCAUGCGGGAAUGUCGGCGCGGCAGAGUUAUACUCAUAAAUAAACUUCUCGUGUAUCCAUUUAGCAACAGCCAUUGCAUCUCUGCCCUUGAUAAUGGGAUACGGAGAUUCCUUCUCGACAUGUCGGCCACUCCCAUCAUCAACCGCGAGGGGUAAACGGACGUUGGCGAAUGCACAUUGGCGGAUCUUACUGGCGCCUACCACCUUGGGAUCGACGCCAGGUUCGCUCAUGACGUCUGUGCCGAGUAUCUCAGCCACGAGAUUGCCGCCCUCGUGCGCCAAUUGCUGACAAUACGACAUGAUCUUUUCCUCGCCGCCGCAGACCUCUUCGCGGAAUUUAACAGCGGCGGGGAUACAGUUGUAUGGCGAAUCAUCGUUCGUGGCCACAAACUCAAACUGGAACUCAAAGGCGGAUUUGCCGGCUACUCUUGGGAUUGGGAGAUCUACCUCCAUGUUGACGGGGACGAAACCAUGCGAGGUGGGGAGCGUUGUGCGAAUUAGGUGCUGGUUGCGGAUAGGGACAUGGAAGACUGCGCAACCGCGGGGGACGUAGAGCCAUCUAAAAGAAGUGUUAGAGGUGUGUUGUAUAGGGCAAUGGGAGAAUAGAUUUUGGGCAACGCGAACAUUCAACCC